AUGGCUUCAUUUUCUGCUGAUAAUCGCGAUAUUGUUUGUUACUUGGUGACAAAGCAUUCAUGGAAGGGGAAAUACAAGAGGAUAUUUUCAAUCGGUACGCUGGCUGUCACAACUUAUAAUCCGUCUACACUUGAAAUAACAAAUCAGUGGCUGUACGAGGAUUUCAUAACAAUCAAGCCGUUAUCACGCUCGCCCCAAGUUCAGGAUGAAUUUGUCAUUCAGAUUCGUUCCAAGCGAAAAAAUGAUACGAUGCGCUUCUCAUCGGAAUAUACACAAGAAAUUUUAUCCGAAGCUCUUAUGCGUAUGCCCAAAUUUUCCGAUGCUCAACCUCAAACACAGGAUUUCACCGGCUACAAACAUGAUUGGUCGGAUCGCCGCAUACCGGUUCAACUCCGAGCAAAAAGUUAUUCACUGGAAAGGCUAAAUAGUAACGGUGAAGUCAUUGCAUCGUAUGCAUAUCGGCGUAUGAAAUCUUUGGCCAUAGUGCAAGGAUAUGAAAAUGGAUUUAUUGUGGAAAUGGAUGAACAAAGUCGUCGACAUCUGUUCGUGUGCGAACUGUUCCAUGAUCUAGUUGCAGUGAUACGACAAAUGGCUGCAACCUAUUUAGGAAUUUCAAUACCGGUUGUCAAAGAAGGAAUCACUUUGGAACACUUUAUGCUAACACGUUUGGGUUUGUGUAGCCGUGAUGAACAGCUUACUUCAUAUGUUGAGUUCAAAGUUCAAAAGUUUUCACCGCGACAGUUUUUUUCUGUGAAGCGAUUACUAUGUUUAAGCAGCACAUGCAUUAUUGAACGAGAUCCGGCAACUUAUGCAGCAAUUUGUGCGCGGUUAUUAAAGACGAUUGUUUUUGUGGUUCGUGAUGAAGGAGAUCCACAAAGCUUUACGAUUCAGUAUGAUGAAGGUGACAUCCGCUCAUACACUUCUCCUGAACGGGAUUUAAUCCUGACAUCACUCAUUGAUGUAUCACGGGCUUCCGGAAAUCAGUGUCUAUUUAUUACUUGUACCAAAUAUGAUCGUGCUUUACGAAUGAUACCACCCAAAUUUUUGUUAGAUGAAGAUACAGAAUCGCAGUGCAUGAGACAUAUUAUUUCAGUGCCACCUGGCCUGAAAAGAUAUGAUUUGAUUCGUCGCUUCAAUGCCAAUGUACCAUAUAAUGGACUUACCUAUACAGUUUCACAGGAGGGAUUUUUCACCGAAAAUAAAGCGAAAACAAUUGUUGCUUGCUUAGAAUCUGUAUUAACGGAAAAUUUUGGUAAUGAAAUUAAUAAAUGCGAAGCACAGUUACAAUGUUUACGUCGCCUGUUUGCAUCAAAGAGUGGUUUUCAAGCAUUUACCGCAGUGCCGGGAGUACGUGAAAAAUUGGGUGAUUUAGUAGUCCGCAUGCUAAAUAUAUCUAAUGAAUGUAUUGACUAUGCAACCGUUGAGAUGCUUUGUUCACUGAUGCAACCGAUGCAUUCGAAUUACGAAUUGAAGCUAGAGCAACUCAAUAAGCAAUCUCUACUUGCAAGCUCACAAUUCGUGGAGCAUUUAUUGGAUUUGGUUGUCAAACAUACGGAACAGAAAACUGGUGCGCUUGUUAUUGCUAGCAUGCUUGAUUUCCUGACAUACGCUCUAUGUGCUCCAUAUAGUGAAACAACACUAGGUUCUAUAUUCGAUUUAUUGCUCGAAAUGGUUGCCGAACGUGGGCCAAGCUUUUAUCGGCUUUUUCAAUAUCCAUCGAUGACAAUUAUUAAGGGAGCAGGUAUGGUAAUGCGUGCUAUCAUUGAAGAAUCGACAAUAGAAAUUUCGAAAAGAAUGCAGAUGUUAUCGUUAACGGAAGGAGCAUUUUUGGUGCAUCUUCAUAUGGCUUUACUUAGUGUUGGUCGCGAUCUUCGAGUCCUUGCAAAUAAACAGCUCAGUGGACAUCUGCUUUCAUUAUGGAUUGCUGAUAAUAAUGCUGCGUCUGAUUUGCUAUCGAGAUGUUUGCCUCGCGGACUACUGGAUUAUAUGGAUUCAGUCGAGAAGCCAAAUGUUAUGGAAGUAGAUUACCUAUUGACACGAAAUAAUUUGGAAGUGGCUAAUGAAGAAUCAAAGCAAAAUCAUCUUUUGGAGCAAGUUCAGCAAAUGCAACUACAAUUAGAAGCAAAACUUGAUCGAUUGUUGCAACAUUGGAAUUUGGAACAUAAAUUCCUGCAAAAGAAAGAUGAUAAAAUGCAGAAACCAGUUGUAUUGCGUAAGAGACGACAACGAGUUAAAAGUGGGGUGAAUUGGAAGCUGUUUUGUUUUCAGUUUGCUAAAGAUCAUUGUAAAGCUGAUUUAAUAUGGAAUGAAACGACACGGGAAGAAUUUCGACGCUCCAUCGAAGAUGAAAUGAGAAUUUUGAAACAGGAAAAGGAGAUUAUACCUAUGAAUAUUCCAAUCUCAUGGAAUCAUACCGAAUUCCAGGUUCGAUAUCCCUCUCUGGCUGAUGAAGUUAAAAUUGGUGAUUAUUAUUUGCGAAUCUUGUUGCAAGAGAAUGAUGCCACUGCUACACCGAUACAUAAUGCAGGGUACUUUUUCAAUAGUGUUUAUCACCGAUUCCUGCUUUCGGCAAAAAGUGAAAUGCGUUGCCUUUGCUUGAAAGCAAUGGCUAUAGCAUACGGACGUCAUCAUAUCACCAUUGGACCAUUCAUGGAUUCCAAAUAUAUUGUCAACAUGUUAUCAAGAUGUUCCAACCCAGCUGAACGAGAUCAUCUGGUAUUCCUAAUCAGCAAAUUAGUGCAAAAUAAGGACAACGUCCGUCAAUUGUUAAGCGCUGGCAUAUUGCCAUUACUCACUGACAUGGCAGUUCUUGCUCAUCUUCACGUAAGCCGAGCGAUAAUUCAUAAUCAGGUUCAAACAAAUAUAAUCGAGGCUGAUAUUUCAACGAGAAAUGAUGGUACCGCGGAAUGGUACUAUACUGAUAAAGCAAGUAAACGACAAGGACCAGUAACUUUCAAUGAGAUGAAAAAGCUUUACGAGCAGAAAGUGAUUUUUGAGCGAACACAAAUAUGGGCACAAGGACUGGACCAAUGGACAACACUUUCAGCAGUUUCACAAUUUCGAUGGACCGUGUGCUGUUCCGCUAUAACCAAUCCACUGUAUAACUUUACGGAGCUUUGCACACUUAUUCUGGACAUCUUCAUUCAGAUGUGCACAUUUUUUCCAUCAAGAGAUGAAAAUGAAUAUAUAGUGAGACCGCUACCGCAUGUUAAACGGAAUUUAUCUGAACCACUAUUACUUUAUCAAAUUGUUCAGUUACUUCUCACCUAUGAUCCUGCAAUUGUACAACGAGUUGCAUCCUUGCUAUUACAUGUUCUUGAAGACAAUCCUUUUUUGUCACGGUUAUAUCUUUCGGGUGUCUUUUUCUUCAUUCUUAUGUAUAAUGGUUCAAAUUUAUUGCCAAUUGCACGAUUCCUUCAUUAUACACAUAUGAAGCAAGCAUUUCGAUCAGCGGUGGCAAAAUCAGAAUUUGUUUCUCGCAGCAUUCUGAGUCCAUUACUUCCGGAAGCAGCAAUUUUGUAUCUGGAGGAAUAUGGUGCCGAAAAGUUUGCUCAAAUUUUUCUGGGUGAAUUUGAUAAUCCAGAAGUUAUAUGGAAUAAUGAAAUGAGGAGACAUAUGAUUGAAAGAAUUGCUGUACAUAUCAGUGAUUUUUCCGUUCGGCUUCCAUCAAACAUCAAAGCUUUGUAUCAGUAUUGCCCUAUCCCUGCCAUUGAUUAUCCGCAGCUUGACGGGGAGUUAUUUUGCCACGUAUAUUAUUUACGACUGCUUUGCAACAUUAAACGUUUCCCUUCUUGGCCGAUACGUGAUCCGGUCACAUUUCUUCGUUGUUGUCUAGCAACAUGGUUAGACGAAAUUGAUAAAAAACCACCUGCAAUGUCGUUAGAGCAAGCAUGUUCCGUCCUGUUACUUUCCAACGAUGAAUCUACAUGGAAAAAUAAAUCCGAGGUUCGGCGAGCUUACUAUAAGUUAGCUCAAAAGUAUCAUCCGGACAAAAAUCCCAAUGGCCGAGAAGUGUUUGAACAGAUAACAUCUGCCUAUGAACUACUUACAUCAAAUGUACAUCAUUCUGCUUUGCCAGAUUUGCAGCGUGUUAUUCUAUGUCUGCAAGCUCAGUCGAUUGUUUACAAGAAUUAUUCUAAAGACCUUUCACCCUAUAAAUACGCUGGUUACGAACAGUUAAUUAAAACAAUAGAUUUGGAGUCGAAAGAUGAUGCGCUGUUCACGGAAGGUGGUGGACAAUUACUUGAUGCUGCCGUGGAGUUAUGUCGUUAUACUCUGAUGAGCUCUGCUUUGAAUGCUGAGCAAUUAAGACGUGAUGCUGGUUUGGAAGCUCUGCUGGCAGCAUUUGAACGAUGCUCCCCGGUGGUCAAUUUAAGUUCGAAGGAGGAUGAUAUGGCAGUGCAAGUUUGUAUCCAUUCGCUUUACUGUUUUGGAAUAGCUGCUCAGUUUGAUGCUUGCCGUGAAAAAAUCUCGGAAAUGCCAACUUUGUUCAGUAGCAUAUGUAGGCUUUUACAGUUUAGUCAUAUUAUUCAUCUUGCAUGCGCCGCCGCAGAAUGUAUUUGUUCACUUGCCGUUUGCACCAUUCUUCAAAUGCAUCUUUUUCAAUCGGGUGUUAUCUGGCAGUUGAUCCCACAUCUAUUUCGAUACGAUUAUACUCUCGAUGAAGGAGGUGUGGAACAUAGUGAAGAAACAAAUAGGCAAUCAUUGCAUAAUAAGUUAGCAAGAUCUGGAUGCGAAGCAUUGGCAUGUUUAGCUGGCUUCCGACAAGGAACACCUGAUAAUGACGGCGUGCAGAAAAGCCUCAGAGCUAUGCUUACGCCUUAUAUAUGUCGGCUUAUGCAGCAGUUUGAAGAUAAUGAUCGUGUGUUGAAAAUUUUGAAUAGUAACACGGAAGACCCAUAUCUUAUUUGGGAUAAUGGUAUACGGAAUGAAUUGCUCGAAUUUAUCGAGUAUCAUCGCACUUCGACAUCCAACACGAGUGAACUGUUUGGUGGCGAAUUCAAACUUUCUGCACAUGAAAAGGAAUUAAUUGUAGGUGAUAUAUUUAUACGUGUUUUCAAUGAACAACCAAAUUUCAAUAUACAGGAACCAAAGAAAUUUUGCAUGGAUUUGCUGGACUUCUUGCAAGAAAAAGCUGAGCAAUUAUUUCAAGAUGAAAAAGAAAGAAAUGAAAAAAAAGAUGAUACAAUGAUUGAUUGGUGUAUUGAGCCUGCUACCACUGCAUCGGAUGAGAUUCUGCAGCAUACUAUUAUGUCGUUGCAGGCACUUGCCAAUUUACUUGUUACAAAUGCAGGUCUUGAGAUCUUGUUAAUUGGACACUACAAGUUAUUGUUUUCAUUUCUUAAACUUCAAGAAUCUGUGGAAUUACAAGAAAUCGCUUUGAAAUUGGUGUCGCUAAGUUCUGUAAAUCGUGAAUGCGUCGCUGACAUCGCUGGUUCUUCACAACUACCUCUGUUGUUUUCCUUAGUUUUACAGAAUCACAGCUUUAUUCCAACCGUGCUUUCUACGAUGAUCACAUUGGCAUCAAAUACGAAGAUCGUCAAGGAGUCGCUAGAAUAUGGUGGCUUGCUGUACAUUUUAAGCGUGUUUUUCAAUGAACAGUUUGAUCCAGCGACACGCAUCUUGGCAGCGGAAUUGUUGGCGAAAAUGCAAGAAGAUAAAUUGACAGGACCACGAUGGACACGAUUUAUUAUGCGUUUUUUGCCAUCAAUCUUCACGGAUGCUUUAAGAGAUUCGCCUCAGACAGCGUUAUCGAUGUUUGAUUCAACUCAUGAAAAUCCGGAGUUAAUUUGGAAUGAUGUCGUGCGUUCGAAUGUGAAAAAUAUUGUUUCGCAAGAAUUAAACCAACUCAGUUCACUACAGUUGCAGGAUCCUUGCACAAAAUGGAAAACGGGUGCAGCAAAUGAAAAGUGCGCAUAUUCUGAUAUAAUGGACAAUGAAUUAGUAAUUGCUGGAGUGUUUUUACGACUUUUUACCGCAAAUCCAUCGUGGCAGGUGCGCCAUCCGAAGCAGUUUAUUGCUGAAUUGAUUGAAAAAGUUCUGGAAUGCAUGGAACGACCAACACCAGAUUUGGAUAUCGUUACAUCUGCAUUCGUUGCUUUGAUUUCCAAUCAUCCAACUGUUGCCAAUUAUCUUCCAGCGCAGGGGUAUUUGCCGCAGUUUUGUGCAUUAAUGUCUUCAUCAACUGGUUGCGCUUCCCAUUCAGCGAUUAUAAUUCUUUCACAUCUUGCCGAAAAUACGUACUGCGCUGAUUCACUUGCCAGAUUGAACUGCAUUGGAGGUAUUAUGAAAUCAAUGAAGCAACAACCAGCUUUAAUCAGAGAUUCAGCUCAUGCAUUAAAGUGUUUGUUGAAACGGAACUGCAGCGAGCUUGCUUCUCAGAUGCUCUCGACUGGUAUGAUUGAAUAUUUGUUGCAGUUACUUGAUGAUAAUAUGAAAGGUGUCGACAAUGUUGCUGCGGCAAAAGCAGAAAUAGUGGGUGCGUUAAAAAAUGUUUCGUCAGAUUUACAAUAUGGUGCUAGAAUUGCGGAAAUUUUGAGUGAGUCUUCCGUCUGGGCACAAUACAAGGAUCAACGGCACGACCUUUUUCUGCCAGCGAACAGUGUGCGUGCCAUUACAGGUGAAAAUUUUAUAAGAUUCUCGAUUUUAAUUCCAGGUGCUCCGUCAGGCAUUGCCGGCUAUUUAACCGAGCAAAUGUUUAUACCACCUUCUACAAACUUUACACCGCCUCCUGCUUCAAAAAAACUGGAUCACGGAUAA